UUUCAGCAUUUACUGUUUACCUGUUUUAUUGUUUUUUGUAUGGUAGCUUUUUGCUUUUACCCGGAUCGUUAAUCGUUCGAGUUAAUAAUGAUAAUAUUUCUUACAGAAUUACAAAAGGAUCAUCUAAAAUUAUUACAUGAACAUUCUGUUCAAGUUUUGAUAGACUUCUGCAAAUUGGCUGUGGAAUACAUUAAUAAGGGAGCCAACUCAAACAAGUAUGGAAUCGCUGCUGAAAAACUUAAAGUUCCACUGGCCACAAUACGAAAUCUUGUCCAAGCACUCGUUUAUCUAAUAUUGGAGGGAAGUAAGCACAAUUUAUCAGAAUCUGAUUUUAGAUCUUCAUUAGCAUUGGCAGGUUUUUCAAAUGAUCAGCAAGAUGUUAUGAGUAAAUUGUAUAAUACAAAGAAGAAGGAACUAUAUGAAGCCUUACAACUGUUACAACGUAAUGAUCCAAAAUAUAUAGAUUUUGCUUGGAGGUUUGAAGUGCAGAUUGCUUCUAGGAAUUCAAAUGAAGGAAUAAAACCAGUGGUGACAAUGGAUUUUGUUACAAUGAGACCUAAGAGCUUUGCCUUACAUGAGAAGGAAACCAUUAUAAAUAGAAAACAAAAGGCUACAAAUUAUAUAGUGGAUGCAACUGUACAGGAAGCGAAGGCAGCAAUUCAAUGUCAAAAUAAUGUUAAUCACACACUUCUUCAGUGUGAUAUACCAAACCUUAUUCAUCUCACUAAUAAACUGGAUCAAGCACUAAAGGAAUCAAAGAGUCAACAUGUACGUAAAGUACAAAGAUCGUUAUAAAGUAAUGUAAAUAAAUAUGAAAAUAAUUAAUCAAAUUCUAUUUGUAUUUUAUCCAUUAAAAUAAUUUAG